CCAUCAUUGUGCAGCCCAUAAAAAUUCCAAAGUGUGCAACUUCGUUCUUCUCUCUUUCUCUCUUGACAUCACAUUAAUUCUCUUAAUUUGUCCUUGGAGAGAUUGAGACUCCAACUUAUUAGAUACACAAUGUUAUUGUAUACGGUGGUUUUACUGUCGACAUUGGGAGGUCUUCUGCUUCUAGGUGGGAGGGGAGUGGCUGAGGGUGCGACCGUCAAAGUGGCCAACAUUUCUAAGGUAGAAAAUGCUACUUAUUUUCGUAUAUAUUAUGGAAAUACUUUCAAAGUCAUCAAGAACGGGUUGGAUGGCGAGAGUUAUCUUCUUAUCCAGAAUAAUUCAAAGAUGGCAACAAAGACAAAAUAUUGCACAUCAAGAAUCAAAUCAUUUGUCAUCCCAUUAUCAAACUAUUCCGUGGAUGCCAAUUAUUUUCCAGUUUCUUUCUUCGAGCUUUUAGGACUCCUGUCAAACAUGAAGGGUAUCACAUCAGAAAGGGUAGCUUCUGCAUGUGUACUUAAACUUUACAAUGGAGGACAAAUUCAGAUGCUUAACAAGAGUGAGCCACAACAAUUUUCUCAAUAUACAGCACACUUCAUUGCUGAUAAUAAUGUCAAUCAGCAAACGCAAUCAUGCAAUUAUGUUACCUUUCUACCCAUGGGCGAACAAGCUCCUCUCCAAAGGGCGGAGUGGAUCAAGUACCUUGGAGUUUUUGUAAACAUGGAAGUGAGAGCAAAUCAAAUUUAUGAUGCUGUGAAAAACAAUUACAUGUGCUUGGUUCAAUCCGCAGCUAAUAAAACCAAAAAAUUCAAACCAAUAGUUGCAUGGAUGGAGUUUUUUGAUGGUGUUUGGUCUUUCACCGUAGAAGAAUACAAGCUAAAGUAUAUAGAAGAUGCGGGUGGAGAGAACAUCGAUGAGUCCAUCAACAAAGUAACUUACAACAUCUCCAUUGGUGAUGAUUUGGAACAACUUCAAGCUAUCUUAUGUACCAUAGAUGUAGUGAUCGAUGGAACAUUAACUCCUGACCCACUGAGUUACAACGCCUCCACAUUUCUUCAAAACCUCAAUGUAGAAGACCAAUCUUGUUUCUCAUUUCUUUCUUCUCAAAGCUUGUGGAGAUACGAUAAACGCAUUUCAACUGACAUGGCUCUUGAUUGGUUCGAUGGAGCAGUGUCUCAGCCUCAGCUAGUCCUUGCGGACCUAGUAGAAGUUUUCUUUCCAUCAGGGAAUUAUACAACUACUUACUUUCGAAACCUUGUAAAGGAAGAACCGGCUAUAAGCAUUGGUCCUGAAAAUUGUGAUCGAGAUAGCUCAAUCGCCAUGGAGCCAACCAUUGUUAUAUGCCCAUAAAUUAUGAUUUUUGGUUUAAUCAUUUUUUGGAUCUGUUGAUUUUUAAGUAGUGUCAUUUUUACUUCUUACGUCUUCGUUGUGUAACAUUUUGUGGGGACUCAAAAUUUUAAUACUUAGUUUCAACUCAAAAUAGACAAAAGACUAUGAUGAAUUUCCUUGUCAUUUAUUGGAUUCAUAGUGUGUGUAAUACUUAUUCUUAUUUAUACUGGGGU